CCACGAAAAAAAUUAAAACAGUCUCAGUUUGUUAGUCUUCUGUUCUCUGCAUCUAUUUUUCAUUUAUUACCUACGUGUUUUUUCAAACAUGGUGAAAAUGAUUUGUUUUAAUAAUGGUAUUGUGCGUGUUUUCACCUGUUUAUUUUUAUUAUAUCUUAAUCCAAACUCCACAAUCUUGUGUGAUGAAGCAAAAGAGCUAAAAAGUACACCCAACAUUUGUGUAGUGCCUACCCUAUCACCCCAUACAAAUAGUACGUACAAAUGUAUCGGAAACAUCAAGAAUCAAUCAAAAUCUUGUGUUUCUAACGGAACAGUUUUCGAAUCGACGGUGAUAAAAAUCACUUGCGAUGCCGGUUAUUCAGUUAAUGGUGAAGAUACGUCGGUAUCGGUUUGCUAUGAUAACGAAUGGGUUCCUCCCGUAAAAGGGUGCAUUGCUAAUUGCGGCCAAUUACCAAAAAACUCAGAUGAUCCACAAACCUCGGGCUUGCCAUGGAAUGUCGCAAUUCUCCGAUCAGAUACAGGAAACAUAUGCUUCGGCACCAUCAUAAGUUCCAGAGUAAUUCUAACCUCUGAAUUCUGCAUGCUCACCAGCGUUUUUGCUAUACCUGACUAUGCAUCUAUGAGCAGAAACCCCUUGGAUCCCACAAUUUUCAAAGUAGUAAUUGUGAACGAUGAAUUCAACCCUUUUAACAAAAAUAAACAUUCUACACCACUAAUGAUUAAAGAAUUUCGUUAUUUCAAGCAUGGAAAUCAAGACAAAUCCCUCCUUCAUGAUGUAUUAAUAGUAAUUAUGGAAAAAGGAAUCAAUUUCAACUCGCAUGUUUACCCAGCUUGCGUUGAGUGGAAAAACCCCAAAAGACUAAAUAUUACUACUGGAAUAGCAAAGGUUCAACAAUUUAUUUCAUACAAAGGAGGAUACCGUAACAAAAAUUAUUCUUUCUUGAGUCACGACGCCUGCCAAGAAAACCCAGCAUAUCCUUACUUGGUGUUCAUCUGGGCAAAUCUGAUGUACGGUUAUGAUAAGACAAACGAAGCCCGCUAUGAUACUAAAAUAUUCAGAAAAAGCGAUGAAAAUGCACUUCACGAAGGAAAACUGUUUUGUCUAGAGCUGAAGCAAAACGAAUUGAACGGUUCUCUAACUAUAAGCGGUAGCGGUGUUGUGGUUGAAAAAGAUUAUCGCUAUUAUAUUCGAGGAAUUGCAGGAAAAUCGCUCGUCAGAAAUCAAUCACACGAUGAUGCUCGUUUCAAAGAUUUCAUCAAUAUAUUUCGUAUCAUUGCAAACACUUCAUCAUUUGAACACUUUUCAAAUUAUCCUAAAUUUGUUGAUCAAGCAGACUUCUUACUUGAUUAUAACUUUACAAGUCUUCUGCGAAAUCAUCUUAAACGAGGCGAAGCUGAGUUGGCGAAUCACCUAGAACAGUUGAUUCCUGUUACAGAUAUAGCUGACUAUGUAGAUUGGAUCAAACAUGUUGUAGCUGAAGUUGAUCCAUAUUUUAAUACUAGCACAUAGAGAGCGAAUGUUUUUUAAUACCUGUUUAGAUUUUUUAAGAAGCAUAACUUUUUAAAUUUUUUUCACAUCAGUUGAGUCAAGUUACAAGUAUACUUAAGUACUCAUGUUGUAGAAAUGGCUCCGGUGAAUGUGAAAGUGUUGUAAUCCAAUUCGCCUUAUAAUCCAUUAAAAUUCUGAAUUUC